AUGAAAUCUCUGUCGCCUCGUUCUUUGAACUUUGCUAUCUUCCCUAAUACGGGGAACCAAGAGACAAAGAUCAAGAAAGAAAAUAGCUAUAUUCCAAGAGAGGAGGUGAAGAAGAAGCACAAGAAGAAAAUGGAGGAGCGGGCGCCAGGUUUUCGGUUCUACCCAACAGAGGAAGAGCUAAUAUUGUUCUACCUCCACCACAAGCUACGUGGGAACAGACAAGAUAUUGACUUGGUCAUUCCAGUCCUUUGCAUCUACGAGUUCAAUCCUUCCGAUCUGCCCCAGCUUGCUGGAGAACGGCAGGAGAGAGAACUCAGGGGUGGAAGACCAACCCGCCUCACCCCUUCAGGGUACUGGAAAGCCUGCAGUUCUCCGAGUUAUGUUUACUCUUCAGAUAACCGAGUUAUCGGCAUAAAAACAAGCAUGAUUUUCUACGUAGGAAGAUUUCCCACCGGACGAAAAACUGCAUGGAAGAUGAAUGAGUACAGGGCGAUUGAAGGAGACGCCCCCUCGUCAGUUCCAAGGGUUGAAAGUUUGGUAUCUAAUCAGAAGAGACAGCUAACGUCAUUCUAUUGCAACAUGAGCGUUAUGAACUUAAAAAAGAGAAACAAAGUAGGGUUAGAGUUGACUCUCCUUAAAUCCUACAGCAUCAGAAGUCAUCAAGGGGAUUUCGUUAAUAACAAUCCUGAAGGAUCACUAUACACUUUGAGGAAUUCCAAAAACAUAUCUAGAAACCAACAAAAGAAACAAAUCCUACACCAAAAAUGA